UCCAACAAGAAGUUGCUGAAUACGUUAACUUACUUUGUGGAUCGACCGUAUUGCAGUCCGAUUUUCGUUUUUGCAUUUGCGAAGUGGCUGCAUGUGAAUCAAAUAAAAAGGUUGUGCUUAUUUCCAUUCAGAACGAUGACGACUCAAUCCCAGACACAGGAGAUGUUCAGGAGAGCAGAAGCUGUCUGCUUUGAUGUAGACAGCACAGUUAUCAAAGAAGAGGGCAUUGAUGAACUGGCCAAAUUCUGUGGUGUCGGGGAUGCAGUCACUGAAAUGACACGUAAUGCCAUGGGUGGAUCGGUCACAUUCAAGAAAGCCCUUUCUGAACGAUUGUCCAUCAUACGCUGCUCUAGAGAACAAGUGAACAAACUGAUAACAGACCACCCCCCUCAGUUGACUGCAGGUAUUAAGGAACUUGUGGACCGGCUUCACGAGCGCAAUGUCAAGGUCUUCCUCAUAUCUGGGGGGUUCCGCUGCAUCGUUGAACAUGUAGCGACUCAACUCGAUAUUCCUCUCGACCACGUCUAUGCAAACAGGCUCAAGUUCUACUUCAAUGGUGAAUACGCAGGGUUUGACGACAGCCAGCCCACAGCAGAAAGUGGUGGGAAAGGUCGUGUGAUCAACAUGCUGAAGGAACAGUAUGGCUUCAAGACGGUGGUGAUGAUCGGAGAUGGGGCCACUGACCUGGAGGCCUGCCCCCCUGCUAGUGCCUUCAUUGGAUUUGGUGGGAAUGUCGUUAGACCACAGGUCAAAGAAAGGAGUUUGUGGUAUGUCACAAGUUUUGGAGAACUACUUAAGGAACUGGAGAAGAUCUAGAAGGAACAGCUGCACUGGUACUUUCUUUACUAUGGUUUAUGCACCUUAUGGUGUGCCUUUGUUUGUUUUAUCCAGUGUGUUUUCUGUCAAGAUUUUUUUAUCGAUAAAUGUUUGCACUACAAUAGUGAGUUAAUUUAGAUAUUUUAGGGGGUUGUUCCCCCCCUAUUAAUUUUUAUACUACAGAAUGUAACUAAUUACAAUAAACCACAAACUAUAUAUUUAAGGAGUUCAGUAUUUUGAGCACUUUUUGCAUCAACACUUUAGUAAAAGUCAUGAAGAAAAAUGUGCAACGAGCAAGAAAUGUUGAACAUCUGUAUGAAACCUAAGGAGUAUAAAAGACAACUGCAUAUUUAUCUGUCAAGUAAGGUGGUGUGUGUUUACCAGCAAGGGAACAGUAUUAACUAUUAGUUAGGGCUAGUGUUAGUUAAUUAGUGACAAGAACACGUUGCUUACACUUUUUUUCCAUGUUUAUUCAGUAGGUGACACAAAACUUAAAACCGUUUUAUCGCCAUGCUUUAAGCAUGUUAUAACCAAUAACACAUUUUUCAAACGUAACAUGCAAUCUUGACAAAGUGAAAAAUAAAUAAAUCCUUUUUCACCAAAUGAAAUCAAAGCUUGUUUUUUUUUUUACUGAUAAGAAAAGCCAGAUACAUAUUCAGUGCCUAUCGCAACAUGCUGCAAUUAAAAUGAUUUGACCUAAAUCUGUAUGCUCAAAGGAAUAUACAAUGGAGAAUUUAAUGUUUAAUAUACACUGAUGAUUGCCAUGUUAGUAUAUGUGCCACUUCGCAAUGUACAUACAUUAUGCAAUGUUAAUAUUUACAUAACAUAAUAAAUAGCCACUGCAUUAUAAAAUGAGUGUACGUA